GAGAGAGAGAGAGAGAGAGAGAGAGAGAAGGGGGCGAGAAAAGACAGACCUCAUUACCAUAUUAAUGAGCAUGUUCGAGGCGUUAUUGGUAUGAAUGAAUAAUGAAUUGCGAUGGGAGGAGACGGUUUCGGUGUCGACGCUGUAGUGAGUGUGCGUCACGGUUCAGAGGACUGGACAGUGUGGAGAUAUGAGGACCCUGGGCAGUAAUUGAAUGGCCACGUUAAGGGGCUGGGAAUCGAACCGGGAAUGCACCGACCACCAGUGCCGGCAAUGGCUGCCGGAAAGCCGUUCCGAGCGACCUUCAUCUGGAGCAGCAUCAUCAACAACCUGCAGUCUCAGGUGGAGGUGAAGCGACGCCGCCACAACCUCAAGUCCUACCAGGACUGCUUCCUGGGCUCGGAGGCCGUGGACGUGGUGCUGGCGCACGUCAUCCAGAACCGCUACUGCGGCGACCAGGACGUGCCCCGCUUCAAGGCCGUGCGGCUGUGCCAGGCGCUCAUGGACUCGCGCGUGUUCGAGGCGGUGGGCACCCGGGUGUUCGGCAAGGAGAAGCGGCGGGCCACCUUCGAGGACAGCAGCUUCAGCUUGUACCGCUUCCUCUACCCGGAGUCCAGUGAGGCGGUGCUCACCAGCAGCACCGCCCUGUCCAGCAGCUCCGUGGAGGGGGGAUACGACGCCUCGCCCGGGACAGGCCAAAGCAAGGACGGCUUCAGCACGCCUGAUGACCGGCAGAACCAGGCGCUCAUCUACAACACACACCCAACCAAAACAGACAAAUCUCUGGAGCAAAUGCUGGGGAACCUCAACGUGAACUCCGCCCUCACCCCUCAAAUGACCAAUCUGGGUCUCUCCCAGGACCUGGUGGAGCAGGUGUGGCGCCAGCAGUCCGUGUUCAGGCUGCUGCAGCUGGUGGAGCUCCCCCUGCUGGAGAGUCUUCUGGAGGGCAAGGAGCUCCCCCGCCCAAACCUACACAGCAUGGACAGCGACCCGGACCUCCUGUACACCUCCAGCUACCUGGACCGAGAGGUCCUCAAGGCCUUCAGCGAAGCACAGGCCGACGAGUGGCUGAGAGCGGCCAUGGACUGUCUGGAGUUCCUGCCCGACAGCCUGGUGGUGGAGGUCAGCAGAGGGCUGGCCGCCUGCUCCGAGGACCAGCCCAAGUGCAAGAGGCUCUUCUACGGCCUGCUGGAUAAACACUACGGCCAGUCGCAGCAUCCGCCCCUGCUCAGCAACCACAUCUUUGACAUCCACUCCGGCAUCUCGGAACUCCUGGUAAACGGAAAGAAGGAGCAGGCCGUGGAAGCGCUGCAGCUGUGCCUGAAGAUGCAGGAUUCACGCAGCAGGGAGGAGCUACGCAGGCUACUGAGGUUUAUGGCCGUCGCAUCCAAACCAGAGGAGGUCAAGCUCCAUAAAGAGGUUGAGAACAGAAUGGCAGUGAAGAGGUCUUUCGCCGGGGCCAUCAUCUACAGCAGAAGACUGGCCAAAGGGAAAGUGGAUCUGAUGGUGCUGUUCAUGGUGGAAUACCACUGUGACCUCUUCAAGAUCCCUGUGUCGUUGCACAGGUUAGUUAGUGAUCGUCUUUUGAAUAUCGUGAGAGGGAAAGAUCCAGAUGACGUCAUUACAGGCCCCACAUAUUGCAGAAGAGUAACAGGGAAGGACUUUGUAGAGAGCGCCCAGAAGACAACUCACAAUGAACUGCGCUCCUUACUGAAGAGCAUCCACGAGAACACCAAGCUCUCGGCCAAGGAGAAGAGGAGGCUGCUGGGACAGUUCUACAAGGGCCACCCCGAGAUCUUCGUCCAGUACUUUGGGAGUAGGAUGGCCACUGCAGACCUAUGAUCGUCUCACAUCGGGGGGGGGGGGGGGGGUAUUUAUUUAUUGAUUUUUGUAUAUUAUGUAUAGAUGAAAAAAAGAAAGAAAGUGCUAGAACAAAACGUUUAAUGUGAAGUGGAUGUAAAGAUCAGUUGUUUUUUUUUAACGUUUUUACAACCAUAUGCCCUCAUCAUCCUCAUCGUCAUCCGCUUAUCCGGGGUCGGGUCGUGGGGGGAGCAGCUCAAGCAGGGGGCCCCAGACUUCCCUUUCCCGGGCCACAUUGACCAGCUCUGACGGGGGGAUCCCGAGGCGUUCCCAGGCCAGUGUUGAGAUAUAAUCUCUCCACCUAGUCCUGGGUCUUCCCCGAGGUCUCCUCCCCACUGGACGUGCCUGAAACACCUCCCAAGGAAGGCGCCCAGUGGGCAUCCUUACCAGAUGCCCGAACCACCUCAGCCGACUCCUUUCUAAGUAAAGGAGCAGCGGCUGUAAUCCGAGUUCCUCACGGAUGGCUGAGCUUCUCACCCUAUCCCUAAGGGAGACGCCAGCCACCCUUCUGAGAAAACUCAACAAACAUAUGUGAAGUGGAUAUAUUUAAGAAUAGUUUUUAAAAUGUUUAGUUGUAGAGGCAAUUUUGGCACACAUGAUUUGACUUUAGUUGACUGCAUGAAAAAGGAAUUUAUGAAGGAAUUUUAACAGGCAUAAAAUGGAAGGUGUGCCUAUUCUUUGUGAGUGAAUGUCGAACAUAUAGUUACAAAACAGAAAUUGUGUCAGAAAUGUAGGAAGGGCCGUGCAACAACAAUAGCAUCAGGAAUAAAAGAAAACUUAUCAUAUAGUUUAUGUAUGUUACAUAUGGUUUAACCAUGUUUGAGCAAGCCCAGAUUUCUCAAUCUAUUAUUUAAAGGUCCAGUUCUCUGCUCCUGUUGUUUUCCACUCGUUAACAACACAUUCAUGUCUGUUAAGAUAUUUGUGGCAAACAUUCUCAUAUUGGUUUACAUAAAUUCCUGUUCCAGCAUUUAAUUUAUUUUGCAAAUUGGGAAUAACAUAACCAAUGCCUAGCCAUUAAACAAAUGUAUUGUUCAAAGUGAGCAGAAUAAAACCAAGAUUUUCUAUAACUCACACAA